AUACAUAUAUGUUAUUUCCGUCAAUUAGGUCGUUACGAUGGACCUCUCCUUACCCGCGCUUUCGAUCUCCCCGGCAAACACUUGCCUUCAGCCGAUAAACGCAACCAGGCCCAAUUCUUUGGCCAAUUGGUCCUCAAAGAAAUCCCGCCUGCUCUAUCCCGGCAUCUCUGCAACCGCAGUGGCCGCCGUCGCCCCAGCUAUGGCAGCUGCCGCAACAGCAACUGUUGCGGAGCUGGAGAGUAGGAAGCAUGAUCUCCUUAGAGCCGUCCAGGAGACACAGCGUGGCCUCUCCGCCACCGCCGAACAGCGCUCCUUUAUUGAAGAGGCCAUGGUGGCCGUGGAGCGGUUCGGGGCGGGCUCCCCAGUGGACCUUGUUGCCCUUGACGGCACCUGGAGACUUAACUACACCUCUGCUGCCGACGUUCUCGUUCUCUUCGAGGCCGCUGCGCGCCUACCCUUCUUCCAGGUAGGGCAAAUUUUUCAGAAAUUUGAAUGCCGGGGUCGAACUAAUGGAGGGAUUGUCCGAAAUGUAGUGCGGUGGAGCGUUACAAAUUUGUUGGAGGAACAAGAAGGUGCCACGCUGCUGGUCACUGCAAAAUUUUCCGUCCUUACUAAGCGCAACAUAUAUCUCGAGUUUGAUGAGAUAGCUGUUGAGAAUAUCAAAAUCAGCGAAGAGCUGCAAGCCUUGAUUGCCCCUGCUAUACUUCCUAGAUCAUUUCUAAGCCUACAGAUUCUGCAAUUUCUCAGAACCUUCAGAGCAAAGGUGCCUGUAAGUGGGCCUGAUAGAAGAUCUCCAGGAGGUUUAUACUACCUAUCAUAUCUGGAUCGUGACAUGCUACUUGGCCGAGCUAUUGGGGGUGGAGGUGUAUUCAUUUUCACCAGAGCCCAACCACUUGCAUAGAAAUGCUCCUGUUUCUAUGGAGCACUUGGUUGGAACUUUUAUGGCCCAAGAACGGAUUUCAAGUGGGAUUUGAUGUAAAAUUUUGCUUGUUUUGGGCUUCCUCGCUUGAUAUAUUUUGUCAAAAGAUGGUCAUACAAAUGGAUUUUAUAAGAAGUUGGUGUCAGCUAUUUUAUUUGAUAAAAAAUUUAGGGAGA